AUGAUGCUGUGUUUAAAGGAGGAACUUUUGUCCAAGGAAAAACCAUUUGGAGAUUUCCUAAAGGCCUUUAAUUCGCUAAAACUCGAAAGCGAUGAUGUUGCCAAGAGUGUCGAUGAGACCGGUGAUCUCAGCAAUGCUCCUGUUCGGAGUAUGUACCGAGAACAAUUAGAAUCGGCCAUUAAUAGGCUGGGCUUAACCAUGGAUGACUACCUACAAGCACAAUCGGUGUGGUCUGGGGAUGCAGCACCGGACGAGAAGGCGGAUGCCGAUGAAUCCACCAUUGAACAGGAGUUUGCUAAGCUUGGGCUAAGUGAUAAGGAGAUUGAGGAUGUGAACAAAGCGGCCUCAUCACAAAUGGGCACCAUUGCUCUUAAGUUCUUCCUCUUAAUUCUAGAAAAGGUGAGGAUGAAGGAGUCUUUAACGAAAAAAAGAGAUCUAUUGGCGCAACUCUUGAGUACCAAUUUCGAUGCUAUCUCCUCUGAGCAAGGCAAAUAUCAGGAGAUUUUAGAAGACAUAAGAAGGGAUACGGAGUACAUUCAGGAGAUACCAAAAUGGCAAAUAGAGAUGCAGAAGCGUUUGGAGAUGCUGAAGCAAAUGAGAAAGCGUCGUGUUGCCGAGUUAAGCGCAUCCUAUCAACAAGAAACUAACCAAUCAGAAGCGUUGGAAAAAAGUCCGACUCUUCCCACUGACGAUGACGAGGGAGGGGAAAAUGCUUAG